GCCUGCCUCUGACCAAGCUGUUGGUGAAGGAUGCACCAUUUCAUUUCACUCCUGAGUGCACAGUUGCAUUCGAGACAUUGAAGGAGAAGCUUACCCAUGCACCCAUCAUGGUGACUCCUGACUGGUCUCUCCCCUUUGAGCUGAUGUGCGAUGCGAGUGACAAUGUAGUUGGAGCUGUUCUAGGUCAGAGACGCGAGAAGCAAUUUUAGCCCAUCUACUACGUGUCGAAGACCUUGAACGAUGCACAGGAGAACUACACCACCACUGAGAAAGAGCUACUUGCCAUGGCGUAUGCAUUUGACAAGUUCCGACCCUAUCUGAUGCUCUCCCAUGUGGUGGUCUAAAUACACCACUCCGCGAUUCGCUAUCUGAUGAGCAAGGCUGAUGCAAAGCCUAGGCUCAUCCGCUGGAUCCUGCUUUUGAAGGAAUUUGAUAUCGAGAUCUGGGACAAGAAGGGAGCUGAAAAUGUUGUUGUAGAUCAUCUUUCAUGGUUGGAAGCCCUUCCGGCGGACAACUUCGUGGAAGAGAUCAAUGACUCCUUCCCGGGUGAGAGAUUGCUGGCGAUGACCUUGGUAGAGAGCGUUGCCCCUUGGUAUUCUGACUUUGCCAAUUAUCUGGUGGGCAAACAGUUGCCUAAGGGGAUGGCCACUCAUGCCAAGCGCAAGUUCUUCUGCGACCUGAAGCAUUAUUUCUGGGAGGAUCCUUACGUCUUCAGGAUCGGAGUAGAUGGCGUGAUGGAAAAUUUUAAGCUCCUCUCUCACUAUGGUGUUAAGCAUCAGGUGUCAGUGGCUUACCAUCCCCAAACGAAUUGUCAAGCCGAGCUGACGAACCGGGAGCUUAAAAGAAUAACCAAAAAGAUGGUGGAUCAGUCCCGAAAGAAUUGGUCCACCAAGCUUGAUGAUGCUCUCUAGGCAUAUAGGACAACCUACAAAAACCGAAUUGGUACUUCACCAUAUAGGCUUGUCUAUGGGAAGGCGUGUCAUUUACCGGUAGAUCUAGAGCACAAGGCCUUCUGGGCCCUUAAGCUACUAAAUCUGGAUUUGAGUAUUACAGGUACUGAACGUAAGCUGCAACUGCUGGAGCUGGAGGAAUGGUGUUACCACGCCUACGAGAACACCCUGCUCUACAAGGAGCAAACCAAGCGUCUCCAGGAUGCUUGGUUGAAAGGCCCAAAGGAGUUUCAGGUAGGUGAUCGUGUUCUUCUCUUUAAUGCAUGCCUGAACUCUUUCCGGGCAAGCUGCGUUCGAGGUGGUCGGGACCCUUCACGAUCACCCAAGUAUUCCCGCAACGUGUGGUGGAGAUCAACAAUGCUCAAACUGAGCCGUUCAAAGUGAACCGCACAGAACUGUUGAUCAAGCUCGAGGACCUUAGUUCCUCUACUAGCGCCUAGCUAAAAGACGGUAAAGAAGCUCUUGUGGGGAGGCAACCCCACCAUAGUUUGCAAUUCUUUCCCUUUAUCCUUUUCGAUUUUGUCGGUUUUUUGAGUCAUUGAGUCUGUCGGGAGUCUGUCUGGCAAGUAUAUCAUGCCCAGGGCGGUCUGUUUUCAUCUGUAGUUGUGUAUUUUUCGAGCCAAGGCACAAAUGAGGUUUGGUUGUUUGAAAUCUUGGUUUUGAAAUUGUACAGAGGAAGGCUCGGCAGUACAAACACGGGCACUAGGGGUUGAAAACACGGCCGUGUUUCUUCCCUUGUCCACCCGUGUUUUGGCCCUUCGCCCAGCAACGCCUCGCACUAAGAAGCAUGGGCGCCAGGGGUUGAAAACACGCCGUGUUUCGACCCCUUCUCGCCCGUGUUUUGCUAAAGGGGGAGUCGUACCUCGACAGUAAAAACACGGGCGUGAC